UGGGCCUGGGCGGAGUGCUGGGGAGGCCGCUCCGUGCCGCGCUGGGAGCCGUGCGCUCCAGGUCGGCCCCGCUCAGCACCGCCGUGUCCGAGGUCAGCUGAGAGCCGGGACCCUGCGUGCGAAGCCCGGCGCCGAAGCCCCUCCCGUAGCGCCGGAGCUGCGCGCUGUGUGGGGCCUCGCGUGGCCGUGGCGCGGCCCUCGUCCCUUACUGCUGCCUGGCCCGGCUCGGGUCUGCCCGGGCCCUGCGGGCUGCCGUGAGGUCACUGGGUGUUGGUGUCCGCAGGGUGACUGCAGAGGGAUGCGUAUGUGUCUGUAAGAGAUAAUCUCAUAAGGGAGUUAUCUUGGGGCCACAAAGAUGCAGCUCGCCUCGUGUGCUCUUCUAAACUGAGUUGUGCUGGGGCCGGUGUCACGGUAUGGUGGUGUCUUUGUAAUAGGUGAGAGACAACUGAACCGCCGUGAAAUUGUGAACUACAAGAAUCUGUCACCUCAGAGAAUGCUCAAAAGCAGAUGUGUGGGAUUUCCGGGGAAGAGCAGAUAGCUCAUGAGAGAUCUUGGCUGAAUGCUGUGUGCUUUGACUCGUUAAAGCCCCAACAGCAAAUAAACGAGGGGGGCAGCGACGUGGGCAGCCCUGCGCCCUGACCUGGGCACUUUGCAUCUGCUUCAGGGUGUGGGCACCGGCCCUGCCCAGCAUUCUGGGUCAUCCUGGGCUCAGAGUGCCAUACCUCCAAGAGGUGAGCGUCCCAAGUGCUGCUCUGCAGCUCGGCCUGCUGCUGUGCUCGGUAACCUGCAAAAAGAAGAGUAAAAGUGUGGCACUGCGUGGCUGCUCCUCAUAGGUCACAUUGGCUGAGCAAGGGACUGCUGCUGCCUCCCUCUCCCGUUUGUAUGGUGAUGAGGUGACUUUUUGAAGUUUGUCACUCAAAGCAAAGUUCACUGGCGUUAAGGUUGGCAGGAAUUCAAGUGUGUGGGGGAGAGCCUCCCCCGCCCCCCGUGCUCCAUUUAUUCAAAUAGAUGCCAAGCACAGCUCAGGUUAAAAAGUUACAUCGUGUGAUCCCUGCUCAGCAUGAGCUGGGUCCUGGGGGAGGGAGGUAAAGCCUUCCCCUGCCUCAUCCAGCGGGCUCUGGGCAUUGCAGAGCUGGCUGAGGGCCCACAAAGCUGUGCUCCAUCCCCAUGUGCCCAGCACUGCCCAUCAGGGUCCUGGCGGCUGUGCCACACAGAGGGGUGGCUGCUGGGGAUGGGCUCCUGGAUAACAGGAUAUGCUCUUCUGUUGUGCUAGUCAUGGAGACGGGGGGGCUGCUUUCUUUGGCCUCUAAAGUGGCAAGAGUUGUGACUGCCCCUCUCCACCUUCAGACAGACAAAUGUGCUGGGCUGCUUCAUCCUUCUGGGUGCAAAAAUAUACAAAUGCUUUGGGUACCUGCACUGAUUUCCAGCAAGAGCAGUUAUGGGUUAAGUUACCUCUCUUGUUAACUAGCACAAGAUCAAAGGACAGCGACUGUGUGCAGCACUUUUGGACUAUUUUUGUUACUGCAGUUGUCAGUGCUUCAGAACAAGCUUGUCUCGUGUGCAGGUUAGCAGUGUGUCUACCUGGCAUAGAGUCCUUCCUGUCAGUGCUUUGCCUGGAGGCUGUUUUUUUCUAAGGAAAAGAGUUCCAGUCCACUUAUGUAUUCAUUUACCUUCGCUGUUAAAAGAGCAGAGAAUGAAGGUAUUAAUGGAGAACUGCUAUGGAGGCAGUGCUGCUGUCUGUUAGCAACAAAGUCAGAACUCAGAUUCCUAAUCAGGGGAUCUGCCGGCCCUGUCUGUUGCCUGACCUUGGAGGUUUGCUUAUGGUUUGGAAGGGGCUGAAUCGCUGACAGCUAGGUUUUCUAAUGGGCGGUUGUAACACUUCAGGGGGAGAGCUGGACCAUCACGCAGGAGGGAGAGGAUUGUUGCUAUGAGGCAGAGGAAAGGACUGUGAUAACAGCAGCACAUGUGUGAUGAGGAUGGGACAUGAGCAAGGGGUGGUGUUUGGUGCAGCUUUGCUGGGGGGUGGCACUGAGCUCAUGCUGAGAGCCGGAAGCUCUCAGCUAUCCCCGAGCAGCAUUGCUCUUGGGUUUCCCAGUUAGAAAGUGGAAGUAGGUCAGGAAUAUGCACACAGAGAGGUGCAGGCACAUGGCUGCCUUCUGCACAGUAAAAACAACUUUGUGUUGCAGAGAACUGUUUGACUUAGCAGUCUGUAAAUGACUGGGCUUGGCAGCGUCCUGCUUGCUCUCCUGCAUCAUGCUGCAUUAGCUGUACUAGAAAGCUGUUAUUUCUAAAAGUUUUAAAGGUCUGAAGUUCAUGCGUUUCUUUAUUUGCAUUUGAGGAGUAAAACCGGUCCAUGGGGCAGUGUUUGCACACAGUGCUGAUGCUGCCUGGAUGUUGGGUAGUGGUGGUGCUCUGGAGGUGCAUCUGCUGCAGUGUGGGGCUGGGCAGGGCUGGGUCUCCCUAGGCAGUUGAGUUUUCUUCUGUAUUUUGCUUUUUUUUUUUUUUAAACUGACUCCAAGACGAGAGGUUAUCUGGUGUUUUUUGUGACAAAUCAGCUUAAAUGCACUUCUAGAGGUGAUGAACCUUCAUCUUUGAGUGGGAAAAUGGAUCCACGCUGCAGAAAUGAACACCAGAGCGGUCUGAGGAAAAGACCAGCUGAGAGUCCAGUGAGGCGCGAUUCCUUGUGCCUAAGUAACAGUAAAGUAAGGGCAUGGUUUAAAACCAGAGCAUUGUUUUUAGUUUGUAUUUCUUUCUUAUUUUGCUUCAGCUGUAACCUUGGUGUUUCUGUUGGCAUCAAUCUUUGCCCUUUGCUUUUAGUCUAGUCUUCGCUCCCACCUUGUGCUGGCUGAACUGCUAUAGUGAUCUGUAGCAGUCACCUCACUGCUCUCAGAACAAUGUUUCUGAAGUUUUGGACAAACUGAAAACUCAUGAAUGGGCUUAAAUUUGUUUCAGAGAACCAGUGAGGCAAUGCAGGAUGCAGAGCAUGCUGUGUUCUGGUGGCUCAAAGUGCUGUAGCUGUGAGACCUGUGAAUGCCCCAGGGCUGUGAGGCAAACGUUGGUAAAAAAACAAACAGCCACAGACCUUGGAAUCAGUCUGAAACAUGGCUUAAAUUGUGUAGGUCUGUGUGGCCAGAUUUUUGCUUGGAUGCUCAUGCUGAGUGGUUGCCCCUCUUGCUCCCCAUGGGCUCUUCAGGACAGGCUGUGGCCUCGCUGUGCUCCCUGUGCCGGGCAAAUGUGGUGUGGGGUUGCUGAGAUCUAACAUCAGUGCUUAGAGCUCUUCCCACUGGUGGUUUAAAGCCAACUGAAGCUUAAUGACAGCCAGAGAGCAGCUCUAACCCUUCACUGUGGGCUCUUAUUAAAAGGAGCGCUUGUUGCUCUGAGGAAGCUCUGCAGGUCUCUGGGAAGCUGUGGUUUCCUCUAGGAGGUGAGGGAGACUGUGCUGUGUGUUCUCCUACCAAAACAUUUCCACUGGGGCCAUCUGUGAUCAGUGUGGCUGUUCAUUUAUUUGGAUUCAGUAAGCUAUUUAUUUUUGAUUAAUUUGUUAUUAGGCGGAAAUGAAAUUUGCAUUUGCUAGACCAGCAGCAGCCUUCUUGUGCUAAAGCCAUCGUGCUGCAGUGCUCUCACUCUGGUUUUGGUUGCACCAAAGCCUCCCGGUGCUCGUGGAGCAGACCUCUUGCCCAUGAGGAGCUUUGCCCCCUCCCAGGUGGGGCCCACAAAGGAAGCCCCUCUGGGGCCAUUGCUGAACAGCCCUGCUUUUUGAUGCUCCUGCAGUGUCAGCCUGCGGUUGGGUCAGUGCUGCACAGAGCAGGAGGGUGGGAGUGGGAGGGGUGCACAUAAUCCCAUUUGAGUAUGGGUGGCUUAGUUGUUCUGCUAUGUGCCUUCUGAGCACAAGGCAUGCUGGCAGUCUUAUUUCUACAUCAUUAAAUCCCAUUGCAUCACUAAUACAGGAUGGCGUCGUAUUGCUUUUCCUCAGUGUCUUUUAUCUCUGCGGAUUGCUGCAUGUGAACUAUUGCACAGCAUCAGCCACCUGUUGGAUGUGGCCGCCUCUCCUCGGAACCAGCGCGUCUCCAGCUGACGAGUGGGCAAGCUGCUUCAUCAGACUGGGCUUGCAUGGCUAUUAUGGGGUGAAGUAAGCUCUGCUGAAAUGUAAUGAUGUAUUGUCAUUAAACUUAGUGACUUUAUUAAUUGCAACAAAUUGUACUUCAGGUGAUCUGCUUUGAAAUGUAACCCAAGCUGGGCUGCCCUGUCCUGCACUGAGCAGCUCGGACCUGCGGGCACCCGGGCUGUGCUGCGCUCCUGGCCAGGAGAGAGUUGGCACCGUCCGCACAUUAAACUCUUUCAGAAAUAUCAGGAAUACUUUCAGUUGUAGAUGCAGAUGUAACCUGAGACCUGAUGUUAGCUCCCGAGGUCAGAGACUUCAUGUUACCAGGAUUUCAAGGUUAGCUUCUCUCCUGCUGUGGAAUUGUUUGAGGAGAGCAGCUCUUCUGAGAGGAGGAUGUUGGCCAUAGCCAAGGUUUCUCUGUUGGCUGGGAGGGUAACUUUGAGGGCUUGAAAGGAUUUGAGUGGGAGAGAUUUCUCCUGUUUCCUUUUUCUGUUCUUAAAACAGAGGAAGAGAGACCAUUUCAUGUGAGAUCCCCGGCUCUGCUCUCAGCCAGCCAUUGCUUUUCUCCUCAGCAGAUUGGUGCCGAGGCAUGAGGCACUGCAGGCAGCCUCAGUCUUCCCGGGGCUCCCUGCUGGGGGUCUCCUCCUGGGUGUCAAGCCCUGGCCGGUGGUUCCAUGAGCUCUGCACUCCUGGUUCUGCUCUGGUUUUGGGAAUGUGAUCGUUGUUGAGGCCAGAGCUGUGCUGCUCGGCAGGGGAAUGUGUGGUACCCCUCCAGAGGGGCCAUGUGUGCACGGGUUGCCCCAGCUCUCACUGCUUGCACAGGGCUCAGACUCUGUAAUCCCCGCAUCGGUUGCUGGGAUUUACAGAAACAGCAGAGAGGAGUGGCUGGAGGAGGCCAUCAGUGUGUUUUUGUGGCCGGUUUGAUACGGUGGAGCAGUGUGAGAAGACAGAAAAUGCGUCUGGGAAAACUUGGCUGCAGCUGCCCAGGCCCUUUGUGCCGCCUGCUCAGUAUGGGCGGCCGGGCCCAGCCGAGACGCCCCGCAGCCACCCACCUCCUGUAACUCAGUGCAUCUCCCUGCCAACAAGUUUGGCACAGCCGGAGCGCCUGUCCCAUGCUGCACCAGUACAGUGCUUGAUACAGCUCUCGUCUAUUUAUAUCGAGCUCACGGAGCGGGGCAGUCGGCGGGCAUCUGCUCUUGGAGCACAUCUGAAGAACUUGUUGGGGAGACACACGUGUGCAUCCGUCUGAUGUGAGCGGAGCCGCGGCCUCCAGCUGCAGGAGCUGCUCUGUGCCUCGUGCGGUGGGUGAGGGUCGCUGCGGGUCUGGAGCGGGGGCUGCGAGGAGACCACGUGUGUGGGGUCGGCGCUGGGCUCCCCGCCCUGGGGUCGUGAGAGCAUUUCUCAGGAGUCACAGUGACUGUGUGGGACAGAUCCGGAGCGGGGAGGUGAGCUCUGCCGUGCGCCUGCUGGGAACUUAAAUACAUGCAUGCGGACAAGACUUGCAGACAGAGCUGGCUGUUCUGAGCGGUGCUGUGUGAGCCGGAAUCAUGGGAAACAGCGCGGUGAUGAGCUGCUGCAGGCGCGUCACCGAGCUCCUCUUCCCAGCGCGCGGCUGCAGCCUGCACGGUGAGCCCGGUGAGCGCUCGCCCCUCCUGAAGGCCCCGCCGAGUGCAGCCGGCUCUGCGGACGCGCUGGGAGCUUCGUGGGGCUCUGUGCCGUUCCCCGACGUCAUCCCCAGUGCAGCGGCGGGAGGAGGCCUGCAGGAACGCAUCGAACGUGCCCAGGCCCUGCCCGCGGGCGAGGGCGAAGCCGCAGUGUCUGCAGCCUGCAGCGACAGCUGUUCUGGGGCUGGCGGUGCUGCCCCGCUCCCUGCCGCCGUCCUUCCCGCCGACCUUGAGGAAGGGCCGUUGGAGCCGCUGUGCUGUGCCGCGCUGCCUGCGGCCUGCCAGGGCCACGUGAAACCUGAGGACUGCGGUGUGGCACGCGGUGCAGGGCCCGGGGCGGCCUGUGGGGUUCUGACCUGCAGUGCGCAGCCAGAGGGCCCCAGGCCGGGUGCAACCUCACUGCUGGGCCAUGGGUCACAGCGUGCUGCCUCUUCGGAGAGCCCUGGCACGGCCCACUCAGUGAGGACCCGAAGGGCCCUGCAUGGCCACGGCGUGGCUGCACCGUCUGCACUUGGCUGGGAGGAGGCCGCUGGGAGGGGGGCUGUGUGCUCCAGGAACUCCAGACCUGCAGUGCAGCUAUCCAAGCAGCAGAAGAGGAGGAAAAAGAGGAAGCUCCUUCUGAUAGAGCACCCACCUGGCGUGGCACUUGUCAACGGCAGUGGCCCCCACGAGAGCCUGAAGGGUGAGAAGGAUGCCAGGCAGAAUGGACAUGAGGAGGCUGACGCAGGGGAAGAUGGGAACGACCAGGAGGUCAUUGUCAUCCAAGACACGGGAUUUACUGUCAAGAUCUGUGCACCCGGGAUAGAGCCCUUCUCCCUGCAGGUGUCUCCUCAAGAGAUGGUGCAAGAGAUCCACCAAGUCUUAAUGGACCGUGAGGACACCUGCCAUCGGACUUGCUUCUCCCUGCAACUGGAUGGCAAUGUCCUUGAUAAUUUUGCUGAGCUGAAAACUAUUGAAGGACUGCAAGAGGGCUCACUGCUGAAAGUGGUGGAAGAGCCAUACACAGUGCGAGAGGCCAGGAUACAUGUGCGUCACAUUCGGGACCUUCUGAAGAGUCUUGACCCUUCAGAUGCUUUCAAUGGUGUGGACUGUAAUUCUCUGUCAUUCCUGAGUGUCUUCACUGAAGGAGACCUGGGAGACAGCGGAAAACGAAAGAAAAAAGGUACUGAAAUGGAACAAAUUGACUGCACCCCUCCUGAACAUAUCCUGCCAGGUAGCAAAGAGAGACCCCUGUGUGCCCUUCAGCCCCAGAACAGAGACUGGAAGCCUUUGCAGUGCCUGAAGGUAUUGACAAUGAGUGGCUGGAACCCUCCACCUGGUAACAGGAAGAUGCAUGGAGACCUCAUGUAUUUAUACGUCAUCACAGUGGAGGAUCGACAUGUCAGUAUCACUGCAUCCACUAGAGGAUUUUACUUGAAUCAGUCUACUGCAUACAACUUCAAUCCCAAACCUGCAAACCCCAGUUUUCUCAGUCAUUCCCUGGUGGAACUACUUAACCAGAUCAGCCCUACCUUCAAAAAAAACUUCUCUGCUCUGCAGAAGAAACGGGUUCAGAGACAUCCUUUUGAAAGAAUAGCAACUCCUUUCCAAGUGUACAGCUGGACAGCUCCACAAGCAGAACAUGCCAUGGACUGCGUCCGAGCAGAAGAUGCAUACACUUCUAGGCUGGGCUAUGAAGAGCACAUACCUGGACAGACCAGAGACUGGAAUGAAGAGCUGCAGACCACGCGAGAGCUGCCACGCAAGAACCUGCCUGAGAGGCUGCUGAGAGAACGAGCCAUUUUCAAGGUUCACAGUGACUUCACUGCAGCAGCAACAAGAGGUGCCAUGGCUGUCAUUGAUGGCAAUGUCAUGGCCAUCAACCCCAGUGAAGAGACCAAGAUGCAGAUGUUCAUCUGGAACAAUAUAUUCUUCAGUCUGGGCUUCGACGUCCGUGACCACUACAAGGACUUUGGUGGGGAUGUUGCUGCUUAUGUAGCACCUACCAAUGAUCUCAAUGGUGUGCGGACCUAUAAUGCUGUGGAUGUAGAAGGGCUGUACACUCUGGGGACUGUAGUGGUGGAUUACAGAGGUUACAGAGUGACAGCUCAGUCUAUUAUUCCUGGGAUCUUGGAAAGGGAACAGGAACAGAGUGUCAUCUAUGGGUCAAUAGACUUUGGCAAGACAGUUGUCUCACAUUCUAAGUACCUGGAGCUGCUAGAGAAGACCAGCAGACCGCUUAAGAUCCAGAAGCACAAAGUCCUGAAUGACAAGAAUGAGGAGGUGGAGCUGUGCUCCUCAGUGGAGUGCAAAGGCAUUAUUGGAAACGAUGGGCGUCACUACAUUCUGGACCUGCUCCGCACUUUCCCUCCAGAUCUAAACUUCCUACCUGUUGAAGGGGAGGAAAUGCCAGAGGAGUGUAAGAAAAUGGGGUUCCCUAAGCAACACAGACACAAGCUUUGCUGUCUCCGGCAAGAGCUUGUUGAUGCCUUUGUAGAGCACAGGUAUCUCUUAUUCAUGAAGCUGGCUGCAUUGCAGCUGAUGCAACAGAAAGCCAACAAACAGGAGAGCUCAGCUGCACUGGAAAAUGGCACCUCUCCGGAGAAUGGUACAGCAGAAAGCGAGAAGUCUGAGUCAGAUGAUGGUAAAACAGAUGACAACGUGACUGGACUUGAUCAGGUUAAAGAGCUGGCUGAGACCAUUGCAUCUGAUGAUGGAACAGUCGAUCCCAAAAGCAGAGAAGUGAUUCGAAAUGCUUGCAAGGCUGUGGGCUCCAUUAGUGACACAUCAUUUGACAUUCGGUUUAACCCAGAUAUUUUCUCACCAGGUGUUCGUUUUCCCGAGUCUAGCAAAGAGGAGGUGCAGGAUCAGAAGCAGUUACUGAAGGAUGCUGCUGCAUUCUUGCUCUCGUGCCAGAUCCCAGGUUUGGUCAAGGACUGCCUGGAUCACACGGUGCUCCCCAUGGAUGGGGCUACCUUAGCAGAAGCCAUGCACCAGAGGGGCAUCAACAUGCGAUAUCUAGGCAAAGUGAUCCACUUCAUCACCAAGACCCCCGGCCAUGCUCAGCUGGAUCACAUCUUUAAAAUUGGCAUCAGUGAACUGAUCACUCGAUCAGCGAAACACAUCUUCAAGACGUACCUCCAGGGUGUGGAGCUGUCGGGUUUAUCAGCAGCCAUCAGCCACUUCCUCAAUUGCUUUCUAAGCUCCUUUCCAAACCCCAUUGCCCAUCUUCCAGCUGAUGAGCUGGUCUCCAAGAAAAAAAAUAAGAAAAGGAAAAACAGGAAUCUUGGAAAUGCUGAUAACACAGCUUGGGCCAGCAUGACCCCUCAGGAGCUGUGGAAGAAUAUUUGUUCAGAAGCAAAGAGCUACUUUGAUUUUAGUCUUGAAUGUGAGAAUGCUGACCAAGCAGCCGAAAUGUAUAACCUACAGAAAAUCACCCUUCUUCGUGAAAUCUCCCUCAAAACUGGAGUCCAAAUACUGCUGAAGGAGUACAACUUUGACAACAGGCACAAGCCCACCUUCACCGAGGAAGACAUUCUCAACAUCUUCCCUGUAGUGAAGCAUGUAAACCCUAAAGCCUCAGAUGCUUUCCACUUCUUCCAGAGCGGGCAAGCAAAGGUUCAGCAAGGUUUCUUGAAGGAGGGCUGUGAGCUCAUCAAUGAAGCCUUAAACUUGUUCAACAAUGUGUAUGGUGCUAUGCAUGUAGAAAUCUGUGCCUGCCUGAGGCUGCUAGCUCGUCUCAAUUAUAUUAUGGGAGAUUAUUCAGAGGCCUUAAGUAAUCAGCAGAAAGCGGUGCUAAUGAGUGAGAGGGUCCUGGGUAUCGAACAUCCCAACACCAUUCAAGAAUAUAUGCACCUUGCUUUGUACUGCUUUGCAAACAGCCAACUCUCUACAGCAUUAAACUUAUUGUACCGUGCACGCUACCUCAUGCUAUUGGUAUUUGGGGAGGAUCACCCAGAAAUGGCACUCUUGGAUAACAACAUCGGCUUGGUGCUCCACGGCGUUAUGGAGUACGACCUGUCCCUCCGCUUCCUGGAGAACGCACUGGCCAUCAGCUCCAAGUAUCACGGCUCCAAGUCUUUGAAAGUUGCACUCAGCCACCACUUGGUAGCUCGAGUGUAUGAGAGCAAAGCAGAAUUCCGGUCAGCACUGCAGCAUGAGAAGGAAGGCUACACCAUCUACAAAAACCAGCUUGGAGAACACCAUGAAAAGACCAAAGAGAGCUCUGAGUACUUGAAAUACCUGACUCAGCAAGCUGUUGCUCUUCAACGCACAAUGAAUGAGAUCUACAAGAACGGCUCCAACGCUAACAUCAUGCCACUCAAGUUCACAGCUCCCAGUAUGACCAGUGUCCUGGAGCAGCUCAACAUUAUUAAUGGAAUUCUCUUCAUUCCGCUAAGCCAAAAAGACUUGGAGAACCUUAAAGCAGAGGUGCAGAGACGCCAGCAGCUCCAAGAAAGCAUAAAAAGUGGUGAACAGCUGGAACCAGAGGACAGAGCCGGGGAGGAUAAAGAAGCUGAGCCAAGCAUGCCUUCUGCUGCCAUCCCCUUAACACAGAGCCCUGCUUAAUGUGUACCUCGCUUAAAAAAGUUAAACCACCCUUUUCUGAAUCUGAACCAGGGUCUUGGACUCCCCUGGAGCAGCUCCUCUUUUUUUUUUUUUUUUUUUUUUUUGACAAUGUUAUUGCACUGGUACAAUUAAUACACAAUGCAAAGAACUAAUCUGAGAAAUGUAAUCUGUCUGACCGAGCUUGUAUCUGCCACGUGAAGGGGGCAGGGGGCCAGGAUGCAGCAGCAUACAAAAGACCCAUCUUUGGUGAGCACAGCCAGAGGCUGUUGUGCCUGUGUGUGUGUACGUGUGUGUGUGCACAUGUCAUCAGUUAUUUCUACUCUGUACAUAUGAAUUCCAAAUGAACUGUCUUGAGGUAUAUAACAUUUCUCAGGUCAUUUUUAUGUUGACUAAGGACACAGCUUUGCUAAAAACCAGUACAAAAAAGCCCCUAACCACUGCUCAGCAUUCUUGUAAAAUGUGGAUUCCAAGCCAAGAGAUUCAUUUCUCCCCAGUCCAUGUCCCAAUUUGUGCUAAGGAAAAUGAAGCAGCCAUAUUUGUAUUGUUGAGAUGACUGAAGCCUGUAAUGUGAGUAAGUGGGGAAUGUACAGCAUUUUCUACAUCAGGAUAUAUAGCUAUUGGAUUCCUUUUAACCAUUUUUUCUACUUUUGGUUGGCAGUUUGGCAGGUCAGGGUUUUUUUUUUUUUUGUAACAUUCAUGUUCUAAUUGUCAAGAGACAGAGAUAAGUAUAUAUAUAAAUAUAUAUAAAUAUAUAUAUGAUACUCACAGUUCCACCUCUGCUCUGCUUGCAGCUGAGUAACAGGAUACUGUACCCAAAGAGUGAGGGCUUGGUCUUGAUGUUUAAAGCGCACAAACUUCCAUUCCAGUGGAAACCCGAGUGCCUGGGAGAGACUGGUAAUGGCAGCGUCUGAGGUCUGAGUGAGGAGCUAACAGUGGCCCUAUUAACAGAGGGGAGAAGAGGGGAGAAGUCAGCAAUGGGCACUUGAUCUUAUCUGAAGUAACCGUAACUCAGAGCUCAGCGCUGUUAACCCCGCUGCCAAAUGUAUCUGAAUUGGCAUCGCAGGUGUCACAGCCUGACAUUGUGGGCUUUGGGGUGGGGGAGCCGUCUCUCCCGGCACUGAAACCUGUGGCCAAUACCUUCGUAAUGAAUAUCUUUGCACACUGGGUUUGGGAUUGUCCCCAGGGGAGUUUCCAUUGCUGGCAAUGGAUGUUACUGAAAUGGCGGAGGCCUUUAAAUGAGUGUGUCUGUAUUUCCCCCUCUCCACCACGCACGUCCCAUCGUCAUUCUCGAUGCAGGCUCCCGGCAGCGCCGGUCACGCAGCAGGUCAGGGUUCACCUCUGCAGGCCACGGGAUGCCGACGGAGUGGAAUGUCCUUUUUUUCCCAACAGAUUGAGCUGUAGAGCAACUUGUGGUUGCUAACGCACCCUGCACUGUGCUGACAGAGGAGCCCGGGCUCUCAUUCUGUCUGUCAUAGCUAAGUACCCUGUGCUAAUUUGCAUCACUUCUUUUACUGACCUUCUGGAGAAACAAGUGCUGUCACUGUGCUCUGUACCUCGGGCUCCUGUACAGCACAGCAGGUACUGGGGAGGGGAGCAAGGCCAGGCGGGCGCAGCGCUGAGGCGUUAGGGGUGAAGCAGGAGGAGGCUCCUGCACAAGAACUUGCUCCUAUUGGAAAAAUCUGAGUUCCAUGGAAAGCAAUCAAUAAACAACUACAGUGCAUCUUUCCUACAAGAACCUUCUUUCACUAGUGUCUUUUAGUCCAUUAAAAGCUUUUGAAACUAAU